AUGAGUCUUGGGAAGCUACCGGUGCUCGGCUGGGUGUCGGGCUCCCAUGGCAAACGGCGGUUGAAAUCGGAGCUGACGCCGGACAUGAUCAGCCCACCGCUGGGGGAUUUCCGGCACACCAUGCACGUGGGGCGUGGCGGGGACGUCUUCGGGGACACCUCCUUCCUCAGCAACCACGGCGGCACCGAGACGGCCAAAGCCAACAACUUCUUCACCCGGACCCUGCGGCACGUGCGGAGGACGCCGCUGAGGAACCGGGGCAGCGGGAGCAAGGCCGAAGCCUCGCCCGCCCCCCCAGACAUCUCGCCCAUCAUCAAGAACGCUGUGUCGCUGCCGCAGCUCAACGAGGGGACCUAUGGGGGCGGCAGCCCGGCUGGGAAGUUCGCCUUCAAGAGCACUCUAAACAACGUAUCCGAUGCACACUAUGCUUAUGGGCUGGAGUCCGGGUUCUGCACCAUCCCGCGUGCUCCGCGCUCAGAGAAGGCCCGGGAGAGCUCCUUCCCCGCAGAAGCAGAGCUCCAGCGCUCGGACUCCCUGCUGUCCUUCCGCCUGGACCUCGGGCCCUCCCUCAUGAGCGAGCUCCUCCAGGUCAUCAGCUUCACAGAAGCCAUGGACAGCAGUGACAAGAGGGAGGAAGCCAGGGCCCUGGCUGGCGGCCAGGCUGCGUCGCCCUUUGCCCUGCAUGGCGAGUGGGUUGAGGCCGGGGUCCCUCGGGGAUCAGGGACACCCAAUGCCAGGUGUAUAGAGGGCGACAUGGCAGAAAGCCUCUGGGGCCGCUCCAGGCAGGGGGCCAGCUCCCCAUCGGGACACUUGGUGCAUGCCAAUGGAGAUGCUCGUGCCCUAGAGCAUGCUGAGGAGGGGCCUGCCUAUGCUGGGAGCAGGCACCAGAGCCCUGCCUGGGGCUCAGCACCUGCAGAGGAGCCGGGGGCGCUCCCGAAAGACAGCCUGUGGCAGGGGCACUGGAAUGACUGCAGCAUGGAGGCGGGAGAGUUCCACCGGGCUGCCCAGGUCCUGGCUCGCCACUACAGCGCGAGAGGUGCACAUGGCAGCCUGGAGGAAGAGGAGGAGGGGCCCCGGGAGAGCCCGGUUGUCGGCUCGUGCGGGGCGGAUGAGGCUGGGUGGAGUCACAGCGAGGAGGAGGAGGAGGAGGAGGAGGAAGAGGAGGCUGCGCUCUCAGCUGUGCGGGAGGGGGAGGCCACGGCUGCGGAGGGCCGCAGCGACUCCUUUGAGUACGCCGACGAGGAGGAAGAGGAUGAUGAAGUGAAGGUCUGA